CCAUAGAGGCAACGACACACGAAUGCAGCGAUCGAUGAUUAUUAUGGGGGAUUAAUUGACUAUCCACGACCGAUUUGUCUUGUUCAACGAAACGGGCCCCUUGCUAGCCGGUGGCGAUUGACUUCUCGGAGGGAGUGGCCGAGUCCACAUCAUCAGCGAUCCUCCAGCUGACGAAGUCUAUCUUCUCGCUCCGCGUAAUCUCGAGUUCACCUAGUUCUGGGCUUGAGUUUAAUAUCUUUAGCAAGCGUUGCUCCAACCGACAAGUAGUCGGGCCAUUUUUCAGGAGUUCUACAGCGUAGAACACCUUUCCGUUUCGACCUCGAACUGUCCUCCGGUUCGAUAAUUAGGCAGCAACAUCAUGGCUAGUCGUAGUGAUGGCUCUGGCAACGGCCAGGGCGAUUACGGAGAGGAUUGGGCUCGGGAUCUGCGAAUCCAGUUCGAACAGCUGCUAAGAACAAAGCGAUUAACCGAAAUUGAGCAGUCGCGAGCGAAUCGAUCACGUCUGGACUCACCAGAUCCCCGAGAAAGAGCAUCGUCAUCAAACCUCCGAGCGCCAGCGACGCCCUCCAGUAGUAGUAAUAGUAGACCAUCUUCUUCUUACGGCCCAAGCCAUAGCCGCAGCUCUCCCGCGUUACCGCCUUCGUACUCAUCCUUGCGUAACCUACCCAAGAUACCGACUCCACCGUCGCCGCACGACAAAGAGUCGCAGAAAUUUCGUAGCCUACUCUUGUCACUGUCUCAGACGCCGACGAAGUAUGAGAACCCCGGUCUCCUCGACGAAGCGCUCCAGGCAAUUCCUCUGGAUAGGAUAUACGGCGAGGCCGAAGAGGAAUCUCAGGUAUUGCAAGCACAGGCGGAAAGCAUGGGUGACGGUCGCAAGCCGGAAUGGGGAUACCAAGAUUGCGUGAUUCGGGCACUAUUAAGAUGGUUUAAGCGAACAUUCUUUACAUGGGUUAACAACCCGCCAUGCCCCGUGUGCUUCUCGCCAACCGUCGCAAAAGGCAUGACACAACCGACGCCAGAGGAAAAUGCCUUUGGAGCAUUACGGGUAGAGCUAUACGAAUGCUCCAACCAGGCGUGCAGAGCAUUCGAGCGAUUCCCGCGAUACAGCGACGUCUGGCGGUUAUUACAGACGAGACGGGGCCGAUGCGGCGAGUGGGCUAACUGCUUCAGCAUGCUGUGCCGGGCCGUCGGCGGCCGCGUGCGCUGGGUAUGGAACGCCGAGGACCACGUGUGGACUGAGGUUUAUUCAGAACAUAAGCAGCGAUGGAUCCACGUGGAUGCAUGCGAAGAAGCGUGGGAUAACCCGCGCCUCUACACUGAAGGUUGGGGCAAGCAGAUGUCGUACUGUAUCGCAUUUAGUGCAGACGGUGCAACCGAUGUCACCCGCAGAUACGUGCGCAAGAGCGAGCACGCGCUUGAGAGGAACAAGUGCCCCGAAGAAGUAAUGCUCUAUAUAAUGCAGGAAAUCAAGACCAUCCGGCGCGCCAACUUGAGUAAAGAGGAGCGAUUCCGAUUAGAGAAGGAAGACUCGAGAGAAGAUCGCGAGCUUCGAGGCUACGUAGUCGCUUCGAUCACGCAGGCAGUUACGCGCAUGGUUCCCGGUUCAUCAAGCUCUGCAUCCGGCUCAACAAGUCGGCCUACCGUCUCUUCUUCUGCCAGUGAUGAUCAAAAGCUACCUGCCGAACAGCCCGCCCGGCAGAGUGGUAAUGCUGAAUGGGUUGCUGCUCGCGGAGAGAACGGUCGGCGCAACCAACAAUUCCAGGAUCCGAGAGAUACACACCGAAGAUAAUGUCUACGAAAAUAUUGAUAAUUAUCACUACCGAUCACUACUAACGUCACAUGCCGCCUAAUAAUUAGAAACCGCGAAAUAUAUACCCCAACAUCUAGCAUCUAAACCGGUUAAAUUUACCUAGUUUCGGCCACCUAGAAUAUGACGGCCGGCAUAUCACCGACUCUCAUUUGUCUAAUAUCACUUCUACCGCAGUCGAAGUACAGCUCACCUUACAUUCGCCUGCGGCUUGUACCUACCUACGCA